AUGGUAGAGGCCAAUCCCGAGGCGUUUCUGCGAGCCUUUGACCACGUGGCGAAACGAGUAGAGGCCGCGCGCAAGAGACGCACGGUUACGGUUACCAGCAAGUACAACUCGCGGACGGACAUCCUCCGAUCGGCACUCUCGUUAGACAUCCCGUCGCUCUCCCCCUUCCCGUUCCCGCUCCCGUCCCUCCCUCACCUUCCAUUCUUCUCCUCCCCUUCUCCCAACUCCUCCUCCUCCUCCCCCUCCUCCUCCUCUCCCUCCUCUUCGACUUCCUCCUCCCCUCCUUCCUCCCGUCCCUCCUUCCCUCUCCGCAUCAGAGCAGUGGCGGAGGGUCGACCCUCCGCGCCCUUCACCCGCUUCUCCAUCGCCCCGGAAAUCGGCCCCUUACGCUUGAGAUGGGACCGGCCGCGCCUGGUCCCCUCCUUUGGAGCCACCCUGCAUUCGGGCGACAACUCCCUCGUGCAAAUCUUCCAUGACCUUCAGGAGCGCCCCAGCCAUCGCACUGCGCUCAUGGUGGGGUGGUGGGCUCGAACCAUGGCCUAUCGGGCACUCCUCUCCCUCAAGCUGCCCGCCUGCCAUGUGGACAUGCUGUGGGUUGACUUCCCCAGGGGCGAGUUCCUGAUGAACCGAGUCAACGGAGUCAAGGCCAGUCUCUUCCUGCCAUGCCACCCGCUGAGAGGAGUGCUGCAGGUGGAAGGGCGGACAGCAGACACGGCCACUGUGGGGUUUGCAUACCAGCACACCUUGGGAACGCGUGUGACGCCCUCAUAUUCUCUCGCCGAUCGGGGACUGUCAGUGGAGGUGCUUCAGCCAAUCACAGUGCGCCAGCUGGGACCCGCUGUAAAGCCAGAAGCUCAAAUACGGUUCAAAACCACAAUGUCAGGCACGAGGCAAGGGUGGGAGAUGGAGACCACACGGUUUCUGGGAACAAACGAGAUAGUGGGGGGAGCAGCAGAGGCGUCUCAAGGCGGGCUGGCAGUCAGUGUGGGGUACAAGGCGGGGGUGGCACCUGUUGCCUUCUUUACUCUCUUCGGAGGGGGUCGCAGGAGGCGGAAAACAGCAGUGACAGGCAAGGGAGCUGGUUACCAGCUGAGGCUGGAAUUUCCGCCGUCCAAUCUCAGACGAGCAGUCAUCUCAUGGGAUGCCACCCAUGGAAUAGAUUUCUAG